CUCAGGGGUCCUAGUGAUCCUGUGUUUUUACAGGAGGGAAACUUCGCUAUCCAACAAGCUACAGCUACAAACUGUUUGGAGUUUCAUUCACCUUCCUUUAAAAACAUUGCGCGCUGGUCACAGAGAACACGGGGUUUUUAUAAAAAAUCUAAUUAAAGGUUCUUCACCAUUCGUUACCGGAGCUGCUACAGUCAUGUCUGGUAUAGCGCUGAGUCGCCUCGCUCAGGAACGAAAGGCUUGGCGGAAAGAUCAUCCGUUCGGUUUUGUAGCUGUGCCGACUAAAAACCCCGACGGAACGAUGAACCUGAUGAACUGGGAGUGUGCCAUCCCUGGAAAGAAAGGGACUCCUUGGGAAGGCGGCUUGUUCAAACUGCGGAUGCUGUUUAAAGACGAUUACCCCUCGUCUCCUCCCAAAUGUAAAUUCGAGCCGCCGCUUUUCCACCCCAACGUGUAUCCGUCGGGCACAGUGUGUCUGUCCAUCUUAGAGGAGGACAAAGACUGGAGGCCGGCCAUUACGAUCAAGCAGAUCUUGCUAGGAAUCCAAGAACUCCUAAACGAGCCAAAUAUUCAGGAUCCUGCACAAGCGGAGGCGUACACGAUUUACUGCCAAAACAGAGUGGAAUACGAAAAAAGGGUCCGAGCACAAGCCAAAAAGUUUUCUCCCUAAUCCUGGUGACUGGAGCUGAUCUACGACAGCGUUUCUGCAGUACUUAGCUGCUUCUCUCAUUACCCUUCUUCACUUUCCAAGUGUGAUGAAAGCUGAAUGUGCCAUUGUCAUGUCCAGUGACGCCCACUUUACCGAGCGCUCUAUGGGCUCUUAAUUUUUCUUUGUCUUUUUGAAAAUAAAUAAAUGAAUAAAUAAAUUAAUGAAAUAAAUAAAUACGUGGGCGUCAUGAUCGCCACCUAUUGAAUUGAAGCGGCGGCACAGGCGCCCGUUCCAGGAAUCCCGGGGUGCCGCGGCGCCGCACAGUUUCCCAUGUCUUCCCUCCUCUUGCGCACUUGAAUCGCAACCAUUUCGAUAAUUAGCUAACGAGAUGGAAUCUAGUGUGUUUGAUCGGGGAAAACAAAACUUCAUUAUUACUGCUUUUCUUUUUUUUCUUCUUCCCAAGACCUGUCUCACGAAGCAAGAUGUAUUGUUUAUCUAUCUAAAAUUAAGCUUAGUUCGAUCUUACCGUGUGUUUUACUGCCUCAUACCGAUGGAGCAGGUUUUACAAGGCUACGUUGUCAUGGUGACCACACACCCUCACCCCCGUCGGGCCAGGCCUAAGAGUCGGGGAUCACGGACAGAUCUUCCACCAUUGGUUUACUAUCUGAUUUACCAAAUCCAGCUUGGUAAGUGGCCGCAACACUUUUUCGAAAAAUUCCCCAGGUUUUUAUAAGAGCGUCACUUUCCCUUUUGUUUUUUUCCCACUCCGGUCAGGGUUAAAUGAUUUACGUUAACGGUCUAGCCGUCAGUACUGAAUAAGACGGUUAUGCACUUACUUUUCAGUCACUCCAGGCCUAAGAGUACAGGAGGCUGAAUUUGUGCUAAUACGAUUCACAGUCUAAUAAACGUUCAGCUGUUGCAUACGCCACAGAGAUGAUAGGGAUCUUAUAUGGAACUUAUUUUACCCACUAGGCUUCAGUCAGAAUGCUAAAGUCUGUAUGCUGAGUCACUUCUUCUGUUCUCUUGCUUUCCCAUGUGCUGCUUGUGCCUCUGAGCUACACUCAGCUCGCAGAGUCUCACAGAAGUCCUGGUUCAGUGGAGUCAGGUAUUCACAAGUACCCUUCUGAUUAGAGAUGAUACGCUAUACGGCCUAAAGUACGUGGACACCUAACCAUGACAACACAGGCGGUUCUUCCUUAACCGUUCUGAAGGACACCGUCGUUCAGAACGUCUCCGUAUGCUGUCAGUCUUUAGUUUCCCUUUGUCAUGAUGGAACAGGGGUCGAGUCUCUAAGAUCAAGCAGUGAACCUGUACACAAAGCACAGAGCUCCAUGAAGACAUGGUGUGUGAAGGUUGGAGUAGAAGAUCUCGAGUGUCCUGCACUGAGCCCUGACUCUGACUCAACCCCACUGAACACCGACUGAACCCCAGACCUCCUCACUCUUACACCAUCAGUGUCUGAUCUCACUAAUGCUCUUGUAGCUGAACGAUCACGCGAGAUCCUGCCGCCGGACCACCCGGGGGGCUAAAAUAACAGUAGUGAAAAUAAAUCUAUAAUAAUAAUGCCCUUGGAUUUGGAUUGGGCUGUUCAGUAGUCCAGUGUCUGAAUACUUUUGGCCGUAUAGCGUACAUGCUCAUAAAAUAGAUGUAUAUUUUUUUUGGAUCAUCUCGUCCUCUUUGUUUGCUCAAAAUGGUCAUUCAGGACUCGGCCUCAGACUCCUUCAUGCGUCGCACAAGUCAGAAAGUCUAACCACUGGCUGUGUAAACUUCAAGAGAAUCACAUUUCAAAUCAUUUCUAACACACGCUGUAUUACGCAAUCUGGUAGAUUAGGAGCUCUGUUUAUAUUAAAUCUGCUUCGUGAGACAUCGGCCUGGUCAGGAGACGGCGAGCGCUUCGGGAUCCUUUGUUUUAUAUUUGCUACAGAGCUUCAUAUGCGCAAAAAUAAAUAAAUAAAACGGUGCACCGAUACGAAUCCUCAUGCAACAUCAUGAUUAAAUCAGAAGGAAAUUUCGUUGUGAUAAUGUUUUUAUUUUCCUUCCUUCAAACAGGUCGUCUUUAUUCUAUUCAAAUUCGAACGAUGUACAACACGCUGUUACUUAAACGUCAGUAUUCCAAGCGCUGUAAAAAUGAUGCUUUUAUACUUUCAUGAUUUUUUUUAAAAUUAGUGUCUAUAUGUUACUUUCCAUUCCUGCUGUGGGCAGCAGUGUAGACAGCAUGGUGUAAUAUACAGUAUGAUAGAUUUUUUUGCUGCCUUGUCAAAACUAAACUAAAAACUAAAAAAAAAAAAGCCCACUGAGUAAAAACUGAGAUAUACAGUGAUCCGUGUUGGUGAUUUUGUUCUUGUAAGUGUUUAGAGUAAAUAAAAUGUUUAUACAUUGCCAAACCUGUGUUGUCUAUACGUACAGAUUUGUGUGGGAUUUUACAAAAUACGUUAAUGGUUUUUAUUGAAGGAUCUACAACAAAACUGCAUAAAUGUCUGAAUAAAAAGGAAAGAAAAGGAGAGAGGAGACUUUUUGAACUGUACACCCUCAAGCUAGACUUUUAUUUUCACUAUUUUCACUCUGUAAUAAAGAUUUGAACUUCUUUACCAUGCUCCAAAAUAAAACAUAUUGUACAAACAAAAGAAA